AUGACGCUGACACUGCUACUGACUGCAUGCCUUGCAUCCCGCCAGGACCCGGCGUGGACCAAAGCCGAGGAGCUCGCCGAGAGUCAGUUGUCGAGGAUGCACAUCUUCUACAACGUCGACAGGGUCGAUUUCCAGCGUCAGCUCGAAGCCUCUCUGAUGCCGAAGGAGAGGGUGCUUCUGUGUCUGGACGCCCGGACGUCGAAGCCGAAGAUCCUCACGGACGGCCUCAUCUACCUUCUGGAAACUGCCAUCAAAGUCUGUGGCAGAGACUACGUGAAGUGCCUCAUUCCGACAGGGUCGAGGCUGGAGCUUCUGCACAUCCUGAAGGCGAAGCUGAGGGACCAGGGCCUGCAGUCUUUUGUCGUCCAGUGUCAGAUGGAGGGCGCUCGGGGUCAGUCGGCAAACCUGCCCCCGACCUUCGUCGUCAGGGGUCAGGGCAAGGCCUAUUCCGCGGAGUCGAUCCCUGCUUCUGUGUCGAUUAACAGGGUCUCUUGCCAGCCGUACGAGCUGACGAAUCAGCGCUGCACAGACCCGAAAUGCAAGUAUCGACCAGCAGAUGCAGCCGCGGAAGUCAGUGCAGAACCCAAAGUCAUCGACCCUGCGAGCGAGAUCAACCGGGACGACAUGGAGGAACGCGCAGAGGACGAGCUUGAUGUGACGGAGGCACCGCCUGAUGCGGACUCCAUGGAAGUCCCCGCGCCAGAGGUGUCUGAAGUCGACCUUGCGAACGCCAAGGACAUCCAUUGCUUCGCCAGGCCAGUGAUCUGGUACGAGCGCAUGCUCAAGGAGGUCGGGCAUUGUGAGUCGACCCGGAAGGUCAUUGUGCUGUCGAGGACAUCCCAUCCUGGGUUGCCUGUCGCCUGCGAGUCCGUCGGCCUUGAAGUGUUCUGCCUGGUCGAGGGGCCGAACGAGCACUCUGUCGGCCAUGGGAAGGAGCUCUGCCGGUCGAUCUGCACGAACAGGCGUCUGUCGGAGGCCCAGCGGUCUGUCGUCAGCCGCAAGAGGAUCGGCCCUGACUCACUGACUUUUGUCACUGGUGUCUGCGUCCCUGACGUCGAG